AGUCAUUUUAAAAACCGCCCGAAAAUAAUAUGUUUCGAUAUAAUACUCGGAAAUUAUGUUUAUGCUUGGUGCUCGUGCUGUUGGUUUUUAUAUUAGCAAACCACAGGUCGAACUACUCAAAGGAAAAACCCAUUGAUAAAACCUGGCAGAUCGAUAUAGAGCCCGUAACACGGAUCACUCUCAACAACACUGAGCAGACUAAAUGGGAGGUUCCGAAAAAUGUCCUCGAAAGGUUCUUCGUCUUUAGUCCGAAAUGUAAGAUGCCAAGGGUCGAUCCGUUGGUAAUGGGGUUUCCUGAACUGACCCCCUUAAGAUUCAAAUCCUGCACGAACGAGCCGAGUUUGGUCAGCGUUAUCUACGACCGUACCAAGAAGCACUAUAUGCUGCACCUGAACAUGGAUGUAUCUUUGAAUCACUUUGCCGACUAUUCGUGUUUUGGGUGUACGUACUUAGAGGUAGUUUCCGGAGAAACCGAUGUUUUUGCUUAUGUGGCAUCUCCGGAGUAUUUCCACCAGGACUGGAUAGUGCCAAGUCACUUUCUGGGAGUGAUAGUCGAGUGUCACGAGAUGGCGAACAAGUCGCGGGUUUUGCAGCGUGAUGCCUUCUCGUUUGUUCAGCACCUGAAGAAUCGAAACGAGGAGAACGAUCGGAAAAGGGGUGCCACGUACCCCAGUGUGUUUCUCUUCGGGAUCGACAGUAUGUCGCGCAUGAACUUCCGGCGGAGCAUGCCACUCACCUCGGCAUUCGUCAGCCAGACGGGAUGGUUCGAGAUGGAGGGCUAUAACAAGGUCGGCGACAAUACCCUGCCGAACUUAAUGGCCAUCCUUACGGGCCGUACUCCGAGGCAGUGGCGUACCCAAUGUGAUGUGCGAGUGUCCGGCUGCCUGGACAGCCUUGUCUUUCUGUGGAACCACUUCCACAACGCCGGCUAUCUAACAGCCUAUGCCGAGGACUUGUCUUCGAUCUCCACCUUCAACUACUUGAAAAUGGGUUUCAAGCAUCCCCCGGUGGACUUCUAUUUGCGGCCCUUUCUCGUGGUCAUUGAGCGGCUUCUGCAGACGGUGGAGUACUUUGGCUUCAAAUACUGCGUGGGCAGAAGGCACAGCUUCAGCUAUGUCUUCGAUUUUGCCAAGCAGCUGAUAGAGCGUUUUGUACUCGAGCAACCGAAACCGAUUUUUGGCUUAUUUUGGACGAACAGCUUCACUCACGAUGACUUUCGCGGAGGAGCCAAUCUGGACGGCCUGUUCGCUCGCUACAUGGAGCAGUUCAAGGACUACGGGUUGUUCGAAAGAUCCAUUGUGAUACUCCUCAGUGAUCAUGGCUCUAGAUACGGACCUCUGGCAGAGCACUAUACUGGAUUUCUGGAGGAGCGCCAGCCCAUGUUGCACAUAUACCUACCACCCUGGUAUCGAAGGCGAUAUCCAUCGGUAGAAAAGGCACUCAUUUUAAACAGAAACCGCCUAAGUUCCAAUUACGAUCUGCAUCUCGGUAUACAGCAAUUACUCAAGCAAACUCAUCCAAGACUUUCUUUUAUGAGGAGCGUCAAAUGCGAUUAUUGUCGAUCUAUUCUGAAAGUCCUGCCGAGUAAUCGAAGCUGCUCGGAUGCCGGCAUUCCCGACCAUUGGUGCACUUGCAAGCCCUUUGUGAAGGUCAGACUCACCCUCCCUAUCCUAAGACUCACCAAGUUGACUGUGAGUCGGAUGAACAGGUAUUUGAAGAUGCUGAAUGUCGACGGCGAUUGUCAUCGCAUCAAGUUGAAUAGAGUUUUAAAGGCCGACCGACAACUGCACUUCGAUGAGUCUGGAAACAAAGUGCAAUCUCCUGAUAAUGUGGAGACCUACAGCAUUCUCUUUACCACCAAACCAAAUAAUGCCACAUUUAGGGCUAUCGUGUAUAGCAGUGCGGACAAUGAUGUUGUGACCAUUCAAAUGGAUAGAAUCAGUCGCCUCAAUUCCUACCACAACGAGUCGUAUUGUGUGGAGGAUGCUCUGGCAAAGAAAUUCUGCUUGUGUUAUAAGGAACAGUUCCUAAAACUUGGGGAAAGCGGGCCCUCAAAAGUGAGAAAAGUGAAAUAUAAAUUUCAGGAGAACGAGGACGACUAUUAUGAUGAAGCUAAACAACCUACUCACUAUUUUUAAAAAUCCC